UGAUCAUGAUGCAACUCUCUUGAUAGGGUCUUAUCUGCUGCCCAUUUAUUUCAGACAAGCCAACUACAUCCUUAACUCCACCCGCCAGCUAGACCCAUCGAGCCAAAGAAAAUGAAUUUCAAUUUCAACCUGUCCUCCGACGAGGACGACGACCAGGACCAUUUUGCAAGCGAAACACCCAAAAAACAACCUGUUGCGACGUUAAAAGAAGGCGAGGCGGUCGCCUUUGACGGGAAUGAUUUCGAUAAUGACUCUGACAGCGACAAUGAAUACGACGACUAUUUCGACUUUGACGACGACCGAAAAGCGUCUUCGUUAGAUGCAUCUUCGCAUGCAGCAAUGGCGUUUCCGUCCGAUUUCGAUUUACCGACAGAGGAAAGAGGCGACGGGGAGGACGAUGACGACGAAGACGAAAUUGACUGGGAAGACGCCGAAGGUGAAAAGGCAACGGGACGAGCCAUCGCAACUCCGAAAGCAGUCACCCUCGACAUGGGGGAAGGCGCAGACGCCAAGAAAUCUCCACCGUCCACCGGGAAGAAGCGAAAGGCACAGCGCUCGGUUUCGGUGUUUCGGCACCACAAGGAACUCGCCGGGAAUCCAGCUUUGCAACAACUGCUGACGGACCUGCACAAAGCGUCGCUGCUGGCGUGGGUUUCUCAUUCGAAUUGCUUUUCCAGGUACGCCUCGGACGACACGUGCCUGGCAGUAGCGCACAGCUUGAUUCCCACCGCAUGGUUGUGGAACGACAAGGACCAGCACCAAACCUCCAACUCCACCACAAGGACCUCAUCGGUAGUCAUUCCAACAGCAGAUGACGUUGGCCACUUUGUGCGAUGGUUUGUAGAUUAUGCUGGCUUGUUGCCGUCGAAUGAAGGAGCCAGCAGUUCCAGGUGGAGAAGGAAACAUUCCGGUUCCCGCAAUCGCAAAAGCACACGUGCGACUUCCACAAAGGCGAAGAAAGAUAGCAACAUCAACGAUAUCGAGGCAGUUCACACACCGGGUGGCUCUGUCGGUGUCACUGUCAGAAGUAUAAAGACGUAUCGCCUCUUUGAGCACUGCCGAUAUCUCGCAAAACGCAACGACGAUCGCCAGCACAGUAGUAACAAUCCAAGACAGCCCGGGGUCGAUUUCGGCGCCGGAGAUGCUCUCUUGCUUUUUUUGUGCAUGGUGCGGUCCCUGGGAUGGAGAGCCCGUUACGUUGUAGCACUAGAGCCGAUUUCAAGAGAUCUCAACGUCGACCAUCCUCUCUUUCGGCACAAUGACGAAACCAACGACAACGUCCUUGCGAGGUUUUUCAAAAGGGUCAUCAGGAACCACGGUAUCCCCUACGGGAGCAACGAGGAUGCUCCGAUAUCGGUAGACAGCGACGAAAGCGAUAGCGUCAAAGAUCUGAAGCCCGCUGCGAAGCAGUCUGACACGCCAUCGGCCGCAAGAAAACCGUCUCUUCAACAUCAAUACCCAAAGUCUCUUUUCACGAAUGAAGCCGAUCCGGUGGCUGCUUCGAAGCACAUUGGCUGGGUAGAAAUACUCUGCCGACAACAGACAAAUACCCACGGAAACAAGAGAAAUAAGUCUGAUUCGACUCGAUCGUCUAGAAACAUGCAAUGGAUCCAUGUCGAUCCGAUUGCGGGAAUCACCAACCAACCCUGCGUGGUGGAAAAAACCCUCUUUGAAAACCACCGCCUCAAGAGUCCCGGAAGCAUUCGUAGAUACAAAAAUCGCCGCCCAGUUUGCUACGCUCUCGCCGUUGAACACGUUCCUUGCAGGAGAAACACCAACAACAGUGUCGACAAGGACAAAGGGGAUCUGAGUGUUCGGAUGACCGAUGUUACACGUCGAUAUGCAUCCAGUAUGGUCGAGACGAUGGAAGCGAGGGGGAUCGUGCCCGAUCGCCGAUCGAGUAAACCAAAGCGACGAAAGAUGAUGGCUGUUAACCAGAAACAAGUCUUUCAUCAAGCCUCAAUCGAGGAAGACCGACCAGACGUGUGGUUUUCCAAAUUGCUGGAGAAAAUUAGUGGGAAACGGAUGGGCAAGAAGUCCGUCCAAGACAUUGCCGCUUCGUCCAAAAUCGAGCAGCAAGAACUCAAACACAAAGGAAAAACGGAACAAGAUGCUAUCACCCUAGAUAGCGAUAGCGACUCGGAUAAGAAGCCGGCUGCCAUACCCUCAAAAAGCGAGACCGUGGAGAGCAAUCUGAAUGGUCUCCAGAACGAAGACGACCACGACGAUGGUUUCGAUACAGAUCACGAGGAGGAAUCCCAAUUGAGAGAAUCCGCAAAGAAAGAACCUCUUCCGACUAGCAAGGCAGCGUUCAAGAAACACCCAAUUUAUGUCAUCCGAUCGGUCCUGAAUUCGACAGAGGUCCUGAAACCGGAUUGCAAGAAAGGGGUGUGCGGAAUGUUCAAGGGCGAACUGGUGUAUUUGCGUUCGUACGUCGAGACCGCCCUCCCGGCAAAGCGAUGGCUGUACGAGGGUCGCAAGGUGAAGGCCUCCGAGCUAAAGUCCCCCGUCCUGAAGGUCAAGGCGCGCAAGAAACCGGCUUCGAGCAGCUUCAAGGCCCUCAAGAGUUACGGGGUAGGCGAAGCAAACGAUGGCUCGGAGGAAUUCCGUGCAGAUCAGAUCGAAAAGGGCUCCGCACCACUUGGGGAAACCGAUAAGCAAUACCUCUAUGGAAGCUGGCAAACCGAUGCCUGGGGACCGCCCUACGUGGGUCCCAGCGAUCCCAUUCCCGUAAACGAUUACAACAACGUCGAGCUGGAGCUCCUAAACCCCGGCCUGGUGCACGUCGAACUGCACCACGUUGCGAAGGUCGCGAAGCGCCUGAACCUCCCCUACGCUCCGUGCCUGCUGGGCUUCGAGGGGCACCGUGGGAACCGAACCCCUACGAUCCGGGGGAUCGCCAUUCACGAGCACAACGAGGAGUUACUCCGGGAGGCCCAUGCCGGAAUGGCGGACCACCUGUUGAAAGAAGAAGAGCACAAGCGGGAAAGAGCGAUACUGCUCCGCUGGAAGCGUCUCCUUGUGGGUAUCCUGACCAAAGACCGGCUCGAGCGGGAAUACGGGGACGAUGAUAUCUAACUAUUGCGGGGAGAUGCAAUGAACACGUGGACAUCAU